UUUGGAUACUUCUUCCACUCCAGUUAACCGCAACCUAAGACAAGCCAAGCAGCCAAGAUGUCGUCGGUUAAGGUGGCGGUGCGAGUGCGCCCGUUCAACUCGCGAGAGAUCGCACGGGAGUCCAAGUGCAUCAUUGAGAUGAGUGGGGCUACAACGGCCAUUACCAAUCCGAAGGUGCCACCAAACACGAGCGAGUCCGUCAAGCGCUUCAACUUUGACUACUCCUACUGGUCGCAUGAUCCACGCGAUGCGGAUUUCUCCACACAAGCGAUGGUCUACAAGGACAUUGGAGAGGAGAUGCUGCAGCAUUCCUUUGACGGCUAUAAUGUCUGCAUCUUUGCCUACGGACAGACAGGUGCUGGUAAAUCCUACACCAUGAUGGGUCGGCAGGAGGAGCAGCAGGAGGGCAUUAUACCAAUGAUAUGCAAGGAUCUCUUCGGUCGCAUCCAGGAGACCGAAACCGAUGACCUCAAAUAUUCCGUAGAGGUCUCCUACAUGGAAAUCUAUUGCGAGCGCGUGCGGGACUUGCUAAACCCGAAAAACAAAGGCAAUUUGCGUGUUCGAGAGCAUCCGCUGUUGGGUCCCUAUGUGGAGGACCUGUCCAAGUUGGCUGUCACCGACUACCAGGACAUACACGAUCUCAUCGAUGAGGGCAACAAGGCGCGCACUGUGGCCGCUACCAACAUGAACGAGACGAGCUCCCGCUCGCAUGCAGUGUUUACCAUUUUCUUUACACAGCGUCGCCAUGACACCAUGACCGACUUGGUCACKGARAAAGUCUCCAAGAUAAGUUUGGUGGACUUGGCUGGCUCGGAGCGUGCUGAUUCCACAGGUGCUAAGGGCACUCGCUUGAAGGAGGGCGCCAACAUCAACAAGUCCUUGACAACCCUAGGCAAAGUCAUAUCCGCAUUGGCGGAGGUGUCUGUAUCCAAGAAAAAGAACUCGAAGAAGGCAGACUUCAUACCUUAUCGCGACUCAGCUCUGACCUGGUUGCUGCGCGAGAAUCUGGGCGGCAACUCUAAGACAGCCAUGAUAGCUGCCAUAUCGCCAGCCGAUAUUAACUACGAUGAAACUUUGAGCACCCUACGCUAUGCGGAUCGUGCCAAGCAAAUYGUUUGCAAGGCUGUCGUCAAUGAGGAUGCCAAUGCCAAACUUAUACGCGAGCUCAAGGAGGAGAUUCARAAGUUGCGCGAUCUGCUCAAGGCCGAGGGCAUUGAGGUGCAAGAGGAGGAUGAGCUAAGCAAGUCGUCGGUGAUUAAGUCGCCGGCCAAAGGACGCAAUCGCAAUGGCUCUACCACAGAAAUGGCUGUGGAUCAGCUGCAGGCCAGCGAGAAGCUUAUUGCAGAACUCAAUGAGACCUGGGAGGAGAAACUCAAGCGCACCGAGGAGAUCCGCUUGCAGCGUGAGGCGGUCUUUGCGGAGAUGGGCGUGGCCGUGAAAGAGGACGGUAUCACAGUGGGCGUAUUCUCACCCAAAAAGACACCACAUUUGGUUAACUUGAACGAAGAUCCCAAUUUGUCGGAGUGCUUGCUCUACUACAUCAAGGACGGACUCACACGUCUGGGCACACAUGAAGCUAAUGUUCCGCAGGACAUUCAGCUCUCCGGCUCUCAUAUCCUCAAGGAGCACUGCACCUUUGAGAAUCGCAACAGCACCGUGACCCUGUUGCCCCACAAGGAUGCCAUCAUAUUCAUUAAUGGCCGAAAGCUUGUUGAGCCCGAGGUCUUGAAGACAGGCUCACGCGUGAUUCUGGGCAAGAAUCACGUGUUCCGCUUCACCAAUCCUGAACAGGCGCGUGAGCUGCGCGAAAAGAUCACCGAGAACGAGGCAGAGAAUGAGGUAGAGAAGGCGGACACACAGCAAGUCGAUUGGAACUUCGCYCAGUGCGAGCUGCUGGAGAAGCAGGGCAUCGACCUGAAGGCCGAGAUGAAGAAGCGCCUCGACAACCUGGAGGAGCAGUACAAGCGCGAAAAGCUCCAGGCCGAUCAGCAGUUCGAGGAACAGCGCAAGAACUACGAGGCGCGCAUCGAUGCCUUGCAGAAGCAAGUGGAAGAGCAGUCCAUGACCAUGUCCAUGUACAGCAGCUACUCGCCCGAGGAUUUCCACCAGGAGGAGGAUGUUUAUACCAAUCCCAUGUACGAGUCGUGCUGGACCGCACGCGAAGCAGGGCUCGCUGCCUGGGCCUUCCGCAAGUGGCGCUAUCAUCAGUUCACAUCGCUGCGCGAUGAUCUCUGGGGCAAUGCUAUAUUCCUCAAGGAAGCUAAUGCCAUUUCAGUGGAGCUCAAGAAAAAGGUACAAUUCCAAUUUACCUUGUUGACCGACACAUUGUACUCGCCGCUGCCACCGGAGCUGGCCUCGAGCGUGACACCCAUGCAACCGGAGGACGAGUACGGCGCACCGCCAGUCUCGAAGACUCUAGUCGCCGUUGAGGUCACAGAUACCAAGAAUGGAGCUACCCAUUAUUGGUCACUGGAGAAGCUACGCUAUCGCCUCGAAUUGAUGCGCCAAGUGUACAAUGUCGAGAGUCCGCCCUCGUCCAUGCUCUUCGACACGUCCAGCAUUGAGGCGAGCGGCAGUGGAGGAGCAAUAGCAAGGGAGCUGGCGAAGCCUUCGGCUCCCUCGACUCAGUACCAGGCUCAUCCUCAGCCGCAGUCGCCGCCUCAGAGUCAGCUCCAGUCUCAGCAGCACAUGGAGCAGCCCGAGUUGAAGCCUCAGCUGCGUCAGGCGUAUCCCACGCGUUUGACAUUGGCCAAUCUGAUACCUUCUAGACAACGCUUGGAGCUAAUGCGCGAAAUGUAUCACAACGAGGCUGAGUUGAGUCCCACCUCGCCGGACUACAAUGUGGAGAGUUUGACUGGGGGCGAUCCAUUCUACGAUCGCUUCCCGUGGUUCCGCAUGGUUGGUCGCUCCUUCAUCUACUUGAGCAAUCUGCUCUAUCCGGUGCCCCUGGUCCACAAGGUGGCCAUUGUCAAUGAGCGUGGCGAUGUGCGUGGCUAUCUCCGCAUUGCUGUGCAGCCGGUGCUGGAUGAGGAGUCCAUCGACUUCAACAAUGGCGUGAAGCAGUCGGCUCGCCUGGUCUUCAAUGAGGACGAUGCCAAGCCCAAGUACCGUGCGCUCAACGAAAAGGACGAUGUGCAGCGUUACAUAGAUAACGGAGGAUUAGAUAGCAAACUGGAAGAACUAGAGGAUGCAGACUCUGGUCGCGGCAUCGACUCCAACUCAGCCUCGGAGUAUCACGAGCAGGCCGAGGAGCCUGGCGAGCACUUGCAGAUSGGCAAGGAGUUCACCUUCCGUGUGACCGUGCUGCAGGCCACGGGCAUUGGCGCCGAGUAUGCCGACAUCUUCUGUCAGUUCAAGUGGCAAAGGCAUUUCAAGUGGAAUGGCAACAAAUUGAAAUUCGUGUCCGGCAGCAGACGUGAGGCGAAGGCAACAACAACAACAAUAMMAAUAACUGCAACGACAACUGCAGUGGAUAAACAACUGGAACAUAUCAGCUAG